UCGAGCGCGCGAUUCCAACUUUGUAUCUGCGAGGCCCAUAAGAUGGACACACAUAACAUUCCGAAGACCACUUCGUCGACCGCAGACGACAUCGAAAUUUUGCGCUACGACAAUCGGUACCGCGAGCAGGCGAUGGAAGUGCUUAGGAAAUCGUUUUUCCUGCACGAAAUUGUGUGCAUUGGCGCGGAAGUGGAUCGAACCCCGCAGGCCCAAAAAGAUCUCGAGCAGCUCUGUCUGGACGUGGCCGAUGGAGGAGUUUCGCUAAUUGCAAGGCAUAAACCGACCGAUACUAUCGUUGGCGUGUCCUUCAACGUAUUGCAGACCCCGAGCGCACCGGAUGACUGCAACUACUUUGAGCAGUUCCGUGACACCAAAUGCACGACCGACAGCUCACGUUCGCUGAUGCAAUACAUGAUCACGAUGGACGCCAAAAUAAAUCUUUUUAAGCUGUUCAACGUGAAGUGUUUACUGGAGAUCAUGUUCUUGGCCACACUACCGGCUUACGGCGGCCACGGCAUAGCGACGCGACUCGUCGAGCAAUCGGUUUCGUUGGCGCUUCGCUUGCGAUCCGGGACUGAGGUUGCCACAUCGGCCGAUACCGGGGACAAGAGACCGCAGCUUGUGUCGGCCCUGUUCACGUCAAGAAUCUCGCAGCGGGUCGGCGAGAAGAACGGAUUCGCGGUCGUAAAUCAGGUGCCACAUUCCGAGUUUGUGUUCCGCGGGAAAACGUUCACCGAACGGGCCGGGCCCGAGCACCCAUUUUCGACGUUGGUUGUGAAGCACCUUUGAAGCAGUGAGUUGACGAGCAUUCUGAACGAGCAUUAACGCACGACGGUGCGACUAUUCUUUUUAAUAUUCGAAAUAUAUUCGAUUGCCAGCUUCAUUGCACCCGUAUGUCAUCCACGCAACCAACUGUGGUCCG